AUGAGUAAUUAGGAUAGUGAGCCCGAAAUCGAUGACUCGGAUUUGGAAGAAAAUUCAAGGAGUCGAUCAUCUUAUGGCAAUCCCAUAGAAGACCAGGAUGAAGAAAUGGACACCUCUCAAUCUAAAGGUUAGGAAUCGGUCACUUCUGACUCAAGCGAUGAUGAAGACGAGAAUCAAAUAAUACGAACUGGGGCUAUGAUCCAAUAGAGCAAAGGGAGGAAAGUGUUGAAGAAUGAAAGAAUUACGCCUCCCUUUUUAACUAAAUAUGAGCGUGCCAGAGUUAUAGGAACACGAGCUUUGCAAAUCAGCAAGAACAGUCCCAUUUACGUGGAUCCAAAGGAAACAACCGACCCCAUAUAGGUGGCUUAAUAAGAAUUGAAUGAGAACAAAAUACCUUUCAUAAUUAGAAGGUAUUUGCCAAAUGGAAAUUUUGAAGACUGGGAACUUUAAGAGUUAGAACGCUUGGACUGA